AUGUCUUCCGCGCCAUUGCUACAGAAAACCCCGGGCAAGAAGAUCGCUCUCCCCACGAGGGUCGAGCCAAAGGUGUUCUUCGCCAACGAGCGUACGUUCCUCUCGUGGCUCAACUUCACCGUGAUGCUCGGUGGUCUCGGUAUCGGUCUGCUGAACUUCGGCGACUUCGUCGGCAAGAUCAGUGCAGGAGUGUUCACGCUGGUCGCGAUGGCCACCAUGGUGUAUGCGCUGGUCACAUACCACUGGAGAGCGGCCGCAAUCAGACGCAGAGGCUCCGGACCGUACGACGACAGACUCGGGCCAACUCUACUGUGUUUCUUCCUGCUCAUCGCGGUGGUGAUUAACUUCAUUCUCAGACUGAAGUACAACGCUGAAUAG